AUGCAGCAGGAGCUGUGGCUCAGGGCCAAAUCUCAGGUGAUCGCCUCCCUGAAAGCAGUGUGUGCAAUGAGGGCAGCCGCCUCGCACCCGCUCCCUCCGCCACCGUACGAACACGAGCUGAAGAACGCUCUGUCCUCCAGCGAUGGCAGCUCACUGAGACCAACACACCUCAGGACACGGAUGACCAACGGCACGUUUAUCAACAGUCAUGGGCUUCCACAUGGCCACAACAGAGAAAAUGCAGAUAAACAAAAUACUGGAGAGAGUCCAAGGAAUCUAAACAACCCAGUGAAGGCCUCGAGGAGCCAUCAGGAGCUGCACAGAGAGCUGCUAAUGGCCCACAGGAAGGGUCUGGCAGUGUGCUGUAAACCCGAGCUGCAGAUGGUUCUGGAGAGGAGGAAGAAGGAGCAGACCCAGAGAGAGGAGGGGGAGCAGUGCAGAAGCCCGCUGGAGCAGGUCCUCCUCCAACGCCAGCAGAAGCAGCAGGAGAGGGAAAAGGAACAGGAGGAGAAGAUACGGCAUGAGAUACAGCUUCUGGAGUUUAUCAGAGUGAGACAGAAUUUGAGGAAAGUGCAUUCAGCGCUACACAAGAACACCAACUCCUGAAUAUCAGCCACAUCAGAGGCUGGCUGUGACAGGGCAAAGAUAUCUGCUGCAGCGCCCAAAACCUCUCGGAAAAACUUUCAACAGGACUGAAUGGGAGUUUUGCAUUUUGAAUAUCACUGUAGCUGAAAACCUCGUGUUUGUGUUUGUACCCCUUUGUCCAGAUGUAUUUUUUCAAAAUCCUAAUGCAACAUCCUAAUGUAGCUCUGGCUUAAAACUCAAGGUUUUAGAGCAACACAUGCUUUGUUUAAAGGAAAAAUCCACCCUGAAGAGUUGCAUAUUAAUCUUUUAUAAUUGACAUGUGAGCUUCAGUGUCAUCCAAGCUUUAUUUUGUCACGAAACUCUGAGUUGACUUUUUUAGUUUAAACUUCUUUCAUUGGCAUGUUGGUCUACUUCCAUGUUGGUUAACAUUUUCCUACAUUACCCACAAUGACGUCAGAAUACCUGCUGAUAGUGGUGCCAGUGGGACGUAUGCUGCAUUCAACUAAGCAAUACUUCACAGGUCGGAAUGAUGUCAUUUUUGCCCUCAGUGCCUUCGACAUACAAAGUGGAAAAAUUACCUGGGUGCUUGCAUGAUCGUAACCUGGGAAGGAACUCAUAGUUAAGGGGGUGUUUUCUUUGGCUUUUCUUGGUUGGAGGUUGGAAAUUACAAGCUGCAACUAUGAGCUGAGCUCAGCAUGACUCUAAUGCUGCAUUCGAGGCGAAAUUGCGAGUUGUAAUUCCCUGUGUACAGCUGAUUAAAACAACAGUUUGUUGUUGCUGUGCUGCAAUUUCAGUCCAAAAUGUUGCAUGAAUGUUUGAAGCUCACUACAGUAGAACAGUACCAAUAGCCACUCAGGCCUGUAACUGUAAAAGUGUUGUUAAAGUCUAGCUUUUUAUGAGUUUUACGCGCUCUGACAGAGCAAACAAGUCACUUUCAUGAAGGUAUCCAUGGCUUUUUUUUUUCCACUUCGCACACUGAAUGUCCCGAAUUGGGAAAUGACGUUAUUACAACUUGCAAAAUACAACUUACAACAAAGGCACCUCAUACACAGCACCACUCUUAUUGCCCCGCUGUGACGUCAGAGCAGCACACAACUGCUAACUUCUCACAGGAAUAACACAAAUACCACACCUACCAACAAACUGGCACCACAAUCACUAAAAACACCACAAAUAUUUCAGUAAAACAUAUUGAAUGUGUUUCAAGGUGGAUUAUCCUUUAACUCUGAAGAUACUGUUAGUCUGUUUUCUUUUGUUCUAUCCUGUGGGUGUUAAAUAUGACUUAUUUUAUUUGCACUUGUAUUUGAAAUAAAGUAGAGAAAAUACAAGUGCGCGUUAUUAACAUGAAUUAUGAUGUGAGGAAAAGAAAAACAUUCACAGAGGAUUAAAGCGGCGGACAUGCGCAGUGCGAGCGCUUCCUUAACGCUUCCAAACACACCGCGAUCACUGGUGCUCUCAGCUGAUUGGGUAAAGCGCGACUCGUACUGACCAAUGAGCGCAGGAGGGCGUUGGACACGUGAUCAGGCGGUGUCUUGGUCAUAUGAUGUGUGCUGUGCAGCUUGCUGGUUCAGCAGUUUGUUUUACUGUGCAAAGUUAAAGAAAAAGCAGACAGGCUGAAAGUGAUGUGAGCAGCAGAGCGAGGAUUUUAAGAAAAAAAAGAGAGAACCGAGCUCUUAGUGCAUUUUCACUGGACAGG